AUGGCGACUCUUGCCGCCACAUACAAGGACCGGCAGUUUCUUGCAGUAAUUGGAGAUGAGGACUCCGUGACAGGACUUCUUUUGGCUGGUAUUGGUCAUGUCACCGCAGCUCCUGAUUCGAAGAAAAAUUUUCUUGUCGUCGACAGCAAAACAGACAAUCUUACCAUUGAAGAAGCGUUUGAUCAAUUUACCACGCAACGAAAAGACAUCGGUAUUCUUCUGAUUAAUCAACAUGUAGCUGAACGUAUUCGUCAUCGUGUCGAUACAUACACAGCUGCAUUUCCUGCUCUACUCGAAAUACCUAGUAAAGAUCAUCCAUAUGACCCUGAAAAAGAUAGUGUUUUAAGGAGAGUACAAAGGCUUUUUGGUGAAUAG